CUCGAACUCAAAGACAAACAACUCGAACUGGAGAACUAGACGCAAAAUGGGACUUAGCUACUGUUUCGCUCAAACCGCGGUUAGGAUUCUGGUUAUAAAGUUAAGAAUCAGAAUAGAACGCCCGCCAGUCGAAGGUCGGGGACGAUGACGAGCAGAAGAGCCAGAAAGUCGCCUGGGAAUCUGUUCCUGGCGAGUCAAGUUGUUCUUUCCCUUGUGUUAGUUUUAGUGUUCAGUGCAAAAUGCAUCAACUCGUGGAAGUUUGAUGGGAUCGGUGAAGAGUUCAACAAACCCAAACGACUGUUGAAGGCGUACGAUUUUAUAAUAGUCGGUGGAGGAAAUGCUGGAGCCGUUCUCGCGAAUCGUUUGUCGGAGAUUCCGCAGUGGAAGAUCUUGUUGAUCGAGGCUGGAGGACGUGAUAACUUUUUUUCAGACGUCCCGCUUUUUGCUGCCUAUCUCCAAUCAACGGCAUUAAACUGGAAUUUUAAAGCGGAAAAGCAAAAUGGAACCUGUUGGGGCAUUGAAGAAGAAAGAUGUCCGAUGCCAAAGGGUAAAGGUUUAGGCGGAAGUACAAUUUUGAACUACAUGAUCUAUAAUCGUGGCAAUAAGGCGGAUUUCGACGAUUGGGCUGCAGCAGGAAACGAAGGUUGGUCUUAUCAGGAUGUUUUGCCAUAUUUUAAAAAGUCGGAAGGUGCUACUUUUGCCGAUACGAACAACCCACCGAAACAUGGCAAGGGAGGUCCUGUCAAUGUGGAAUAUGUCCCUCAUCGAUCACCACUAGUGCAUGUAUUCCUGGAAGCCAAUCGACAGCUAGGAAGACCAACGAUCGAUUACAACGGAGAAACGCAACUUGGAGCUGGAUAUUUGCAGGCCACUACCAAGCGCGGCAAACGAGUAACGUCCGCGUCUGCUUAUUUGAAUUCUUUAUGGAACCGUUCUAAUUUGCAUAUUCUAACCAAUGCAAGAGCCACCAAAAUAUUUAUAGAUCCCGCCGAAAAAAAAGCAACAGGUGUGGAAUUCGUUUGGCAAAAAAGAAAACGAAGUGCGGUUGCCACCAAGGAAGUGAUACUUUCGGCAGGAUCUUUCCAGUCCCCUCAACUACUGAUGCUGUCAGGAAUAGGUCCCGAGGAUCACCUCAACGAAUUAGGCAUUCCAGUGAUCAAAAACCUACCCGUUGGAGAAACGCUAUACGAUCACCUAUGUUUGAUAGCUGUGUCUUUCGUCACAAACACUUCCAUGGAAUCGUUCGAUACCGAUAGGCUAGGGUUACCAGAACUAAUUCAAUACAAAUUAGGUAGCGGAACGCUAACCGUACCCGGAGCUUUAGAAGCUCUAGCCUUUGUCAAAACCAAUAUCUCCAAUGAAGUUCGAGACAUUCCGGACAUCGAAAUGCUUUUCCUGGGGGCUACACCGGCAUCCGAUCAUGGUACCGGUUCUGUCAAAGGUUUCUCCUGGCGUCAAGAAAUCUACGACCAAGUCUACAAACCGUACGAAGGAAAGGACAGUUUCACGGUAGGUGUCAUGUUGUUCCACCCAAAAUCCAAAGGCUACCUCAAAUUAAAAGACAACAAUCCCUUUCACUGGCCUUUGAUCUUCACAAACUUCCUAAAAGAACCAGAAGAUCUGCACACAAUGAUCGAGGGCAUCAAGGAAGCCGUCAGGAUCCUGGAAACUCCCGCCAUGAGAGCAAUUGACGCCAAACUAUUUGACGUCCCCAUUCCAAACUGUGCCCAACAUUCGGUAGGAACGGAUGCCUAUUGGGAGUGUCUCAUUAGAUCCUUGGCCACCACUUUACACCAUCAGGUCAGCACCUGUCGGAUGGGACCGGAAAGUGACCCUAAAGCCGUUGUUUCCGACAAGCUACGGGUUCAUGGAAUCGAUCGUUUAAGAGUUGUCGAUGCCAGUGUUUUCCCUUAUAUUACGACCGGACAUACACAGGCUGUGGUUUACAUGAUUGCCGAAAAAGCGGCCGAUAUUAUUAAAGCCGAAUGGGACUGGGGACAAGAGAUUGAUGAGAAUAGUUAAAGGAGCCUAAGAAGGAUGAGUUGAAAUAAGCAGGGGCAUUAAAAAAACGGUUUUCCAGAGUGAUGCAUUUGUGUUCUAUUCUAAGUUUGUAAGACUAUGCAUUUUCAACAACAAUUGUGAUGAACUAAAAACGUAAAAUACUGUCUAUCUAAAUCUAUCGAGAUAAGUUGAGAAUUUAGCAUUUAAGAAAACAACAUUUUUCAAGAUUAAAUAAAACAAACUG